AUGUAUGCCGAAGACUUUUCGGGGGAGGAGAAAAGUGGGCUGGCAAUUGCAGAAUUUCUGACCAAAGCGAUUGAAUCUGUCGGGUCAAGUAAUGUUCUUAGCGUCGUGACAGACAAUGCAGCCAAUUGUAAAGCAGCGGGAAAAGAGAUCGAAAAGGUAUACAAGCAUAUUUUUUGGUCACCAUGUUGUGUGCAUACAUUAAAUCUCAUUUUUAAAGACUUUGCAAAUGAGUUUUUUUGGCUAAAUGACACAUACAAAAAAGGAAAAAUGAUUGUGAAGUAUUUUUUGAACCAUGGGCAAGCUUUAGCCAUGUUUAGAGAGAAUUCAAAGUUGGAGCUUUUAAAGGUUGCAAAAACCCGAUUUGCCUCUCAUUACAUUUUGUUGAAGAGGUUAACCGUUUGUAGAGAGGCCCUUUCUACAACAAUUGCUCUAAAUUCGUGGAGAGAUUGGGCAAAACAAGGCGAUGAACACACUCAAACGAUCACACAACUUGUUGUUGACACUAUUAGGGAUGAUGACAUUUGGGGUGAAGUUGAAAACAUCUUAAAAAUCACCAAGCCUAUUUUCUUGUUGAUAAAAUUUUGCGAUGGUGAAGGCACAAAAAUGGGGGAAAUAUAUGAGAAGAUGGAUAACAUGUUAGGAGAAAUUAAAGAUGUGAUGAAGGAGAGUAUAUAUGCCUCGUAUUUCCCUCAAGUGAAGCAAAUUCUAUUGAGACAAUGGGAGAAAAUGAGCAUACCUCUACAUUGUUUGGGAUUCGCUUUAACUCCUCGAUUUUAUGACACGCGUUACCUUGAAACGUUAGCACCAGGUGGCAUGCAAAGAAAAGCACCUAACAAAGACAAAGAAGUUGUAGCAGGCAUAGUGGAAGCUUUUAAUCGCAUUGCUGAAAACAAAGUGGAGCAGCAGAUGUUACGACAACAAUUUGCUACCUUUACCAUGAAGAAAGGUCUUUUUUCAUUACCUGCUGCUCAUUUAGAUGCGGUAACAAUGGAAGCAAUUGAGUGGUGGUCUACUUAUGGUGCAGAAACUCCAGAAUUGGCUGAAGUGGCGAAGAAGAUCUUGUCGCAACCUAUAAGUAGUUCUUCAGCUGAAAGAAAUUGGAGCACCUAUUCUUAUAUCCAUAGUGUGAAGAGGAACCGGCUUAGUUGUAAAAGAGCGGACAAGCUAGUUUAUGUUCAUUCUAACAUCCGCCUAAGUUCAAGGUUUUCUGAAUCGUAUAAAGAAGGACCACACAAGAAGUGGGAUAUGGAUCCCGAAUCAACUAAGUUGGAAUGCUCAACGCUUGAAGACAUGAAACGGUGGGAAGAUUUGGAGAAGGAUGAAGAUAAAAACAAUGACAAAGGAAACAAAACCAAGGCUGGACUAAUUUCUUAG